GUUCUUCUUCUGCAUUUGCUUUGCCCUCCUUCCUUAAUCCUUAUCAAUGGCGGAUAUGAAAUCAACCUUCCUCGAUGUUUAUUCCACUCUCAAGACUGACCUGCUUCACGAUCCUGCCUUCGAAUUCACCCACGAGUCUCGUCAAUGGCUUGAACGGAUGCUUGACUACAAUGUACCCGGAGGGAAGCUCAAUCGUGGUCUCUCCGUGGUUGAUAGCUACAAGCUGUUGAAGCAAGGCCAAGACUUGACCCAAGAAGAGGUUUUCCUCUCAUGUGCUCUCGGUUGGUGCAUCGAAUGGCUUCAAGCUUAUUUCCUUGUGCUUGAUGACAUCAUGGACAACUCUGUCACACGACGUAGCCAGCCUUGCUGGUUCAGGAAGCCACAGGUUGGUAUGAUUGCCAUUAACGAUGGGAUUCUACUACGCAAUCACAUCCACAGGAUUCUCAAGAAGCAUUUCCGGGGAAAGCCUUACUAUGUUGACCUCGUUGAUUUGUUUAACGAGGUAGAGUUUCAAACAGCUUCCGGCCAGAUGAUUGAUUUGAUCACCACCUUUGAUGGAGAAAAAGAUUUGUCCAAGUACUCCUUGCAAAUCCAUCGGCGUAUCGUCCAGUACAAAACAGCUUAUUACUCAUUUUAUCUUCCUGUUGCUUGCGCAUUGCUUAUGGCGGGAGAAAAUUUGGAAAACCAUGCUGAUGUGAAGAAUGUUCUUGUUGACAUGGGAAUUUACUUUCAAGUACAGGAUGAUUAUCUGGAUUGUUUUGCUGAUCCCGAGACACUUGGCAAGAUAGGAACAGACAUAGAAGAUUUUAAAUGCUCCUGGUUGGUGGUUAAGGCAUUGGAACGGUGCAGUGAAAAACAAACUAAGAUACUAUACGAGAACUAUGGUAAAAGCGAACCAUCAAAUGUUGCUAAGGUGAAAGCUCUCUACAAAGAGCUUGAUCUCGAGGCAGCGUUCAUGGAAUAUGAGAAGGAAAGCUAUGAGAAACUGAAAAAGUUGAUUGAAGCUCACCAAAGUAAAGAAAUUCAAGCAGUGCUAAAAUCUUUCUUGGCUAAGAUCUACAAGAGGCAGAAGUAAAGACAUAUUGAGUGUUUUCUGUCAUUGAGUGUUUCCUUCUUCGUAUUGAGUGCUUUGUGUUGUAAUUCUGUUCUCGUAAAUGCUCUGGCCUGUCUCCGUUUUAAUUCUUCUGACAUUUAUGUGAGAUUAUUAGCCCACUAUCAAAAUUUCACAAGGAACCAAUUUGGAG